GGUGCCAGCUUUAACCAGAGUAACGCAACCCGAAGUCGCAUCGCUCAGGGGAGUUCGCGGAGCGGAAAUCGGGCGAUCGAAUGCAGCGGGAGCGGAAGUCGGGGAAGACGCCUCCGACUGCCCUGUCUCGGCGAGCGAACCAGAAUGACGUGAGCAGGAAGAAGCUGAGCCCGUUACGUAAGACGAUCGGUGGCCAAGGCGAGAGAGAGGGUUAAGGUUACGAGGGGAGAGCGAGCGAUAGUGCGCGCACCGCUCGCAGUUUUGUUUAGGCGGUGCAUAUUUUUUCUUUUCUUUCUUUCCUUUUUUUGGUCUCAAGAGGAAGUGGUGUGCUCCGAUCGCGUGCAGUCGCCCGCAAACGCGCUCUGAAAGGACGCGCAUUAGCCCGGUCCGUGCGUAGACGUCCGUCAUGGCUCGUGCUUCGGUGUGUUCCGUUGCUUUGGGUCUCCUGCUCGUCGCCGGCUACUCAGUCGCUGCUCUCGACGUCCUCACGCCAGAGAAGUGCGGAGGCGACUUCAAGGAAGUGCGAGUGAGCUCGUGCCCACAGGUGCCCUGCAACUUCGAGAGAGGAAAGACCGUCCGCAUAGAAGUGGACUUCACACCUGAGGCCAGCUUUGACAAACUUCAGGCGACGUUCAAAGGGGAGCUGACACCCGGCACCUGGCUCCCCAUGCCGGGCUUCAAGAAAAACGCCUGCGCAAAAAGUGGUCUACAGUGUCCUCUGGAAGCUGGAAAGCAGUACACGUUUGCCAAGGAGAUUUCAGUACUGCCAUCAUUCCCUACGCUUCAAGUCAAAUCGGAAAUUCGCCUGAAGGCAGGCAACGGCACGACGAUCUUCUGUUUCUACGUGCCCGUGAAAAUUGUCUGAGCAUCGCUACAGUGGCCUACGACGAUUCCGUUCUGCGGCCGCUUCGCCAACUUAUGCCGUCCACGGAUCGAUCGAAUGACUCGUGGCGCUGUUUUCAACACCAAAGUGCAAUUCUUGGCAACGCUAUUUUAACAAAUUCGCUCUUGCAGGCGAUGGACAACGAAGGAAUUUUCGUUUUGUUUCGUGCCACCCAUGUAUGACGAGGUAUUUCAUGCAGUGUACAAGGUAUAUGUAAACUGGUAGUGAAGCUUCUAUAGAAACCUACAUGUCCAGAAAAUGGCGCUAUGUUGCAACCGUCGCAAGCUGUGUGUCGGGGGGACAACUUCUGCCCAGAGAAACGUAAAUAAAGAAUAAUGACGUCAUACCAAGAAGUAGAAGCGACGUCGUGAUUUACGUU